GGGGUCGCUGCAGUAUCGGAUGAGAGUGAGCGUCCUGUAUCCUGAAGGUGGAGCGGAGCGCAGGUGUGAACCAAGAGUUCGGUUCCCAACGGAUCCGGGAUUGACAGCGAGUUUAAUGGAGCUCAAUGAGAGAGCCCUUUUUGAAGCCAGAUGUUUUGCUGAUCUGGGUUCUGAUAUUGACCUCGGAAUGCUCCCUGAAGAGGAAAAAGAAGAUCUUGGUGUAGAAUUGGCAAAGCUAGAAGAUGAAAUCUCUACCUUGAGACAAGUUCUAAGUGCCAAGGAGAAACAUCUAGUGGAAAUAAAGCAGAAGAUGGGCAUUACCCCACUGAAUGAAAUAAAACACAACUUAAGCAAAAGCUGGCAUGACAUGCAGACUUCUGUGAUAUAUAAAAAAACACAAGAGACUCUUAAUGCCACAGGGCAGAAGGCUUCAGCAGCCUUGAAUAAUGUAAGCUGUACACUUGGCAAGAAACUGGGAGAAAUGAAAAAUUCUCCAGCGUUCAAAUCCUUUGAAGAACAGGUGGAAACUACAGUUAGCAGUUUGAAGUGUAAAGUUGGUGUACCUGCCCACAGCAGUGGAAGUUUUGAAGAUGUGCUGAAUUCUACUGCCAAUGCCAGUGUUCAGGAAUCAAUUUCAGGAAAUCGUUCAACUAAAGAUAUCGAAUUUUUUUAAAUCUUUUCUAUAAUACUGUAGGAUUUAAAAUGCAUAAAUCUUGGUGUUAUUAGAUUUUAUUUAAAAUUCAGUAUAUCUAUGUCUCCUGUUUAUAUUGGGGAAAACAGCCUGGAAUUAUUUAAAACAAAAUAGUGGGAAGAAACUUUCUACAUUAUAUCAAUAGAAAAUUGUUUCACAUACUUUUAUUCUUGGACUGUCUUUCUAAUUUAUGAAGUGCUUAUUCUAAGCUCCAUUUGUACUUGUAUUGCAAUGCAGUAAGUUCACAAGUUUUGUCAAACCACUCCUGUUAAAAGGAAUGUUAAUUGAACCAAAAUGUAUUGUACUUCUGAAGUCUUACAGAAAAAAAAUAAAUUAUUUCUUGAGAACGGUC